AUGACAGCAGCAACUUCUGAAGAAGAUGGAUUUAUAACAAAGAAUUGGGUCUGGAUUCCAGAUUCAGAUGAUCUAUUUACAAAAGGUUAUGUAUCAGAUUAUCUACCAGAUGGUAAAUGUAAAGUUAUUAUAAUGACCAAUGGGAAACAAUCAGGUGAAAGAAUAGUAGAUCAAUAUUUACUUGAGAAUUGUAAUCCUACCAAGUUUAAUAAAUGUCAAGAUAUGGCCGAAUUAACCCAUUUAAAUGAAUCCUCCGUUGUUUACAACUUAUAUCUUCGUUAUCUUGAUGAUUUGAUAUAUACAUAUUCCGGUUUAUUCCUUGUAGCUAUUAAUCCCUACAAGUCAUUACCAAUUUAUGAUACGCAUAACUUAAAGAAAUAUCAUGAACAUGCACUUGAAAGACCCCCACCUCAUAUUUAUGCAACUGCGGAAGGUGCUUAUAGGAAUUUACUCCUGAAUAAGAAGGAUCAAUCUAUAUUAGUUACUGGUGAAAGUGGGGCUGGGAAGACUGAAAAUACCAAGAAGAUUAUUCAAUAUUUGUCAUCUGUUACUUCCAAAGAAACUCAUGUCAUUGAUCAUGCAAGGCAUAUUGAUACUAAGAUCGUACAAGCAAAUCCUAUAUUGGAAAGUUUUGGGAAUGCUAAAACAAUCAAGAAUAAUAAUUCUUCAAGAUUUGGGAAAUUUAUUCAAAUUUAUUUCUCACAUCAAGGUGCAAUUACUGGUGCAAACAUUGAUUAUUAUCUUUUGGAAAAAUCUCGUGUUGUUAGUCAAGCUUCGCAUGAACGUAAUUAUCAUGUGUUUUAUCAAUUCUUGAGAGGUUAUGAUAAUUUGGCAUCCUUAGGUUUAAAUAAAGAUAUAUCUACUUAUAAAUAUCUUCCAGGUCAAAUAGAUAUUCCCAACGUAGAUGAUUUCAAGCAAUUCAAUCUAUUAGUGGAAGCAUUUAAAAUUAUGGGUUUUACUACGCAAGAAACCCAAUUCAUUUAUCAAUUAUUAGCAAUCAUUUUACAUCUUGGUAAUGUUGAUUUCACAUCUUGGAAAUCAGAUCAAGCUAAUUUUACCGAAGAAUCGCCCAUUGAUAAAAUUGUCGAAUUACUUGGAGUCUCAAAACAAGAAUUUGUUGACAACCUUUUAAGACCUAAAGUUAAAGCUGGAAGAGAAAUGGUUACAAAAUCAAAACGACCAUCGGAAGUUAGAUUUGCAAUUGAUGCAUUUGCCAAAUAUCUUUAUGAAAAAAUGUUUCAAUUCAUUAUAACUAGAAUCAAUGACAAUUUAAGAAUUGAAAAUCAAGACAGUAAUAUAAACGAUAAUUUUAUUGGUGUUUUAGAUAUUGCUGGGUUUGAAAUCUUUGAAAUCAAUUCAUUUGAACAAUUAUGUAUUAAUUAUACCAAUGAAAAAUUACAACAAUUUUUCAAUCAUCAUUCUUUUAUCUUGGAACAAAGUGAAUAUAUGAGGGAAGAUAUUCAUUGGGAAUUCAUAGAUUUCGGACAAGAUUUACAACCAACGAUUGAUUUGAUAGAAACAAGACUCCCAAUGGGUAUAUUCAAACUCUUGGAUGAAGAAUGUAUAAUGCCUAACUCGUCUGAUCAAGCCUUUAUGGAGAAAUUGACAAGUAAUUUCAAGAACAAGCAUGACAAAUUUUCGGAGAAUAAGUUCAAGAAUGGGUUUAUUAUCAAUCAUUAUGCAGGUAAAGUUGAAUAUAAUGUCGAUAAUUGGCUUCAAAAGAAUACUGACCCUGUCAAUCAAAAUAUUUUGAAAUUAUUACCUUCUUCCCAAAAUCAAUUAAUUGUGGAAAUGUUUAACAAUGAUCCUCAUUUAUUUGAUCCAUCAUUCAGUCCAACAAAAAGACAAUCUUCGACCAAAGUUAAAACUGCAUCCGAAAAACACAAGGAUCAAUUGAAAGAUCUUAUGCAACAAUUGGAAUCUACUGAACCACAUUUUGUUAGAUGCAUCUUACCCAACUUGAAUAAAAAAGCCAAUCAAUUUGAUAAAAAAUUAGUAUCGGCUCAAUUGAGAUGUAAUGGUGUUUUGGAAGGGAUUAGAAUCACGAGAGCCGGAUAUCCUAAUAGAAUGCAAUUUGAUGAAUUUGUCCAAAGAUAUUCCGUACUUGUUAAUUCCAGUUCGUUAACUAAAACCGAUAAAACAAAUUGUCAAUUGAUUUUGAAUGAAUCUAAAUUAGAUAGAGGGACAUUUAAAAUUGGUUUAACUAAAAUUUUCUUCAAGAAUGGUAUAUUGGGUAAAUUAGAAGAAAUGAGAGAUUUGUGUCUCAAAGGGAUCUUCACUGAUUUGCAAAGGGUAAUUAGAGGUAAUAUAUCUCGUAUUCAUAUGAAUAAGAAAAUAAAGCAAAUUCAAUCAGCCCAAGUAAUAGCUAGAACCAUGAAGACUUUGGAUGAAUCAAAAGCGUCAAGUCGUUGGAUGGAAUUGUUUUUACAUAUAAAACCAUUACUUGAAGAAUCUCUAAAAGUGUUAGAUUUAAAGGAAAUUAAGGAGAACUUGGUUGAAGUGUCAGAUAAAUUGAAAGAUACCGAAAAGCUCAACGAAUACUUGAAUGGCACGAAUGAAGAAUUGAAGACAAAGUUGGUACAAUUGAAGGAGGAAAUGGAUAAAAGUUCCCAGCUUGUCAAGGCUAAAGAGUCCAAUAUUGCAGAGUUGAAUCAAAAGGAAAGUGAGGCUCGUGUCAGGAUAUCAGAAUUGGAAACUAAGAUUGCAGAUCUUGAAAAUGCUUCGAAGGGAAUAAAUCAAGAGAAGGAGAAAUUAAAAUCAAAAACUGUCGAACUUUCCAGUCAACAUGAAGCUAAGCUUAGGGAAUUGGAUGAGUUAUCUAAUCAACAUUCGAAAGCCCAGAAGGAAUUAUCAAAAGCUAAGUUGGAAUUACUGAAUCAUGAGAAUGUUAGACAUAACCUUGAAGAGAAGAUAUCACAACUUCAACUGGACUUGGAAAAACAAUCUUCAGAAGCAAGAGUGGAAAUAACAAAUUUAGAACGUUUGAACAAGAAAUUACAAUCUGAACUAGAUGAUAAAUCUAGAUUACUUCCCCAAAAGGAUGCUUUAACAGAAGAAAUUGCUACAUUGAAGCAAACGAUUUUCAACCAUGAAUCUAAGAUAUUUAAACAGGAAAAUUUAAUGACUUCAUUGAAAGCGGACUUAAAGAAACAUGACAGUAAUAAGCAAAGAUAUGAAAGCAAGAUUGAAGAAGCUAAAAAUAAGAUUUCACUUCUUAAAGGCAAAUCUGAAAGAAAAUCGUUGGAAAUUGACAACUAUAAGAAUGAAACUAGAAAGUUGCAACAAGAGCUUGAGGCUAUUAAAUCCAAGAUGGAGAAUUCUAUAUCCUUGAAAAAGGAGCUUGAAGCAUUCAAGCAAAAUGAAGGUAAGCUUCUUCAGGAGAUUGAAAGUUUGAAACUGGAUUUAUCUGCUAGCAAAUCUCUUCAUGAGACACUAGACGCGGAAUAUGAAAAGUUGAAAUUCGAUUAUGAAAAUAUCAAGAGAACAAAGGACGAAUAUGGCGCUCGUUUGAGUAGUUUGAACAAGCAAGUGGAUCAGCUCAGACAGCAAAAGGAUGAACUUGAGAAUGAAAAGGAAAAUCACCCACCACAUUCAGGAUUCAACCCACAAUUCAAAGAAGAAUAUGCGCAAAUGAAAUUAAAAUUGAAUGAACAUAGUGCUGCAUUGCGUAAAGAAAAAUUGGAACAUAAGAAAGUAACAGAAGAAUUAUCUAUUCUUAAACAAAAACUUUCAAAUGGAACAUUUUCGAAUUUUGAACCAUCUCCAACCAAAAGACGAUCUGUAUCAGGAGGAAAUACUGCAUUAUUGACUGAAAUCGAGGAUUUAAGAUUGAGCUUACAACAAGAACAAACGAAUUAUCAAAGAGCAGAAGCAUAUGCUGUGGAAUUACAAAAGAAGUUAAACAAAAUUCAAGCUACUAGAGGUAUAAAUACCAGCACCGACUACGAAAAGAAAUUCAAAGAUUCGCAAUCUAGAAUCUCUCAUUUGGAAGACACGAUCCAUGGCAUGCUUGGUUCGGAUGGCACGGCCGGUCCCGAAAGUGAUCACUCUAAACGUAGUUCAUUAUUAAUGAGAAGUGAUAGUUCAUUUACAGUUCAUGCUUUACAAGGAGCAAGUCAAGAUUUUGUUCAAAUAUAUCAGGAUAUUACCAAAACUUUAAAAACUACCCGUGAUGAAUUAGCAACUGCCAAAUCAGAAAUCUUACGUCUUAAAUCACUUCUUCGUGAAUCUGAAGAGGAAUUAUAUGAAGCAAAGAGAGAAAAUUAUCGUACAAGUGUAGCUGAUUAUGAGAAUAAUAUUGCCCAAAUGAAAGUAAAAUUGGAGAACGUGACUUCCAGGAAUAGUGAUUUAACGUCUACGAUUGAAUUAUAUAAGAAUAGAUCAAAUAAAUACUUCAAGAAAUUAGAAGCAGCUGAAUCAGCGGUCCAGAUUUCAAAAAGACACGAGGAAGCAGCUACUAAAGAAAUGGAAGAUUUAAGGCAUCAAUUAAUACUUGUCAAGGAAGAAGUUAGAGCUUCUCAAAUUUUGAUUAAGGAAUUCCAAAAGAAAACUAGUGAAUUAGAAGAAAGUUUACUGCAAAAGAAAUUUGAAUUGGAUAGGGCCCAAUCUGAAAUCAAUGAGCUUAAAGAUAAACUUGAUUAUCAUAUUAAAAAUUAUGAGAAUAAAGAAGUUACCGAUGCUUUGAGAGAAGAAAUCAGAACUCUUCAUAAGGAUUUGAAUUUCAAGACCGAAACUGAAACUACCUUAAUUAAAGAAAAUAAACAACUUCAAUUAGAUUAUGAGGAUACUUUGAGAGCUAAAAAACAUCUUCAAAAUGAACUUGAUGAGCAGUUGAUCCAAAAUGAUGAACUUGAAACCAAAGUUGAUGAAUUAUCAAACAAAGUCAGAAAAUUGGAAGAUGAAGGUUUCAUAAGUGAGAGAAAGAUCAAGAGUUUCAUGAAACAAGUUUCUGGAUUAAAAGAAUUAGUGGAAGAAGUUACUGUUCAAAGAGAUAAUUUAUUAGCUGAAAAGGAAAAAUUACAAGAGAAUAUCUACAACCUUGCCGCUGAUUUGGAAAAUAGCAAUUCUGAAUUAUCUCAAACUAAAUCUACUUUGGAUAUGUUGAGAACUCAUUUAGAAAAUCAACGAGCUGAUUCAGAAUUCAUGAAAUCGGAAUUAAACCAAUCAAAAAUGUCGUCGACCUCGGAAUUUGAAGAUCAACAGAAGCUUAGAAAGGAACUUCUUGUAACCAAUGAAGAAAACUUCUCGUUGAGGAAGACCAACGAAGAAUUGAAGACGAAGGUUCACAACUUGGAAGAGAAGUUAUACAGUAACGAGCAAUUGAAGUACUGGGAAGAAAAAGUGAACGAGUUAUCUCAAUCUUUGGAUAAGACUCUCAAUGAAAAACAAGAUGCUGAAAAGACUGUUAAGGGUUUGGAAAGGACGGUUAAACUGUUGGAAAUUCGUGCUGAGAAUGAAUCUCAAUUAGCAAAGAGAUAUAAUGAUGAAAAUUUCGAUUAUCAGAAUAAGAUCAACUAUUAUAAGAGUAAUGUUGAUAUUCUUCAUAAUGAGAAUGUUGAAAAAGAUUUACAAUUGAAGAUGCUUGAAAGAGAAAAGGGUGAAAUGAAGACUGAUAUGAUGUUAUUGCAAAAAGAAGUUUUGGAACUUCGAGCAAAACUUGGUGUGGAUGUUUAG